GUAAAAAAACCCACAAAAAGGUACGAAUAUAAUAAUUAUAUUGUUCUUAAAAAAAUCUUUUAAAUAUGAUUGUUUUAUAUUAUUCUUUGAUGCAUCGAAAUUUUAUAGCCCCAUUUUUCAGUAGAAAUUUUUAUUGUUAACAAAAUUGGACCGCAACCACCAGCUCUAGAAAACACAGCAAAUAAUUCUACUAACGUAACAAAAAUUGACGAAUUUCCAUCACGGAUGGCAUUGAUAGAUCUAGAAAACACCAUUACAAGACUGGGAACAAAUCUACCCGAACCUGGUCAGUGUGGUAAUUUUAUUUCAAAUCCAAUUAAUGGUGCCAAUGUAAUAAAAAUUGACAAAUUUCCAUGGUUGGCACUGAUACAGUAUGAAAAAGAUGGGAAUUCAGUUGGAUAUAGAUGUAGUGGAAGUUUGAUCAAUAACCGAUAUGUUUUGACAGCAGCGCAAUGCAUAAGCGGCCUACCCAUAAAUUGGAAGCCGUCUCGAGUUCGUUUAGGUGAAUGGAACGCUUCAACAGAUCAAGACUGUGAGGUAGACACUCGUGGUAUUAAGAACUGUGCUGAUCCUUAUAUUGAUGUUACAAUCGAGAAAGUAAUUCCUCAUGAAAAAUUUGAAAAUUCAUUAAAGGGUCCACAGAACGAUAUAGCUUUGAUACGUUUAUCACGUAUUGUUGAUUAUACCGAUUAUAUUCGACCAAUUUGUUUGCCACUUGAUGAUAUCCUCAAGGAAUCAACAUUUGACGGAUACAAAAUGUAUAUUUCCGGUUGGGAAAUACCCGAUGAAGGAAUAAAGGGAAUUAUUAAACGUUAUGCUGAAGUUCCAGUUGUACCGGUAAAUGAAUGCAAAAGUCUUUACAGCCAAAACAGUUUAGAUGUAGGAACCUCACAAAUUUGUGCUGGUGGUCAAAAAGGUAUUGAUUCUUGCCGUGGUGAUGCAGGUGGACCUCUUAUUGGAUUGGAUUCUUCUAAUAAACAGCGAGUUUACAAUUUUAUCGCUGGAAUAGUUUCAUUUGGGGCAUCUCCGUGUGGACAGCAAGACUGGCCAAGUGUUUACACAAGAGUCGGUUAUUAUGUUGAUUGGAUUAAGCAACAUAUUGAACCUUAAAUUUUGUUUGAAU